CCCUUUAGGGUUUAAGGACGUUAAACCCAGAAUCCAACAUUUCUCGUUCGAUUCGAUUUGAAAUUCUCAGUGAAGAUCAAAAAUGGCGAAUUCAAUGGCUACACUUUCGAGAAGACUCUAUCGAUCUCUUCUCACGAACCCUAGAAUUUCUCAAUCUUCCAUGUCUUUCUGCACCAACAACAUCACUUCCCCAGAAGAUUCCGACUUUGACGAGUUAACGGCUAACUCGGACACUGAAUCACCCAUUGAACCCAAGGCUUCAGAUCCAGUUUCUCGAUUUUCCGGAGAAGAACGCGUUAUGGAAGAGCGUCCACUCGAAAAUGGCCUUGACUCUGGCAUUUUCAAGGCGAUAUUGGUGGGGCAAGUGGGUCAGCUUCCUCUGCAGAAGAAGCUUAAGAGUGGUAGAACUGUCACUCUCUUCUCUGUAGGAACUGGUGGGAUCAGGAACAACCGGAGACCACUUAUUAACGAAGACCCGAGAGAGUAUGCGAGCCGGUCUGCUGUGCAGUGGCACCGUGUCUCUGUUUAUCCUGAGCGCUUGGCAGAGCUUGUGUUGAAGAAUGUUGAACCCGGUACAGUUAUCUACUUGGAGGGUAAUCUGGAGACAAAGAUUUUCACUGAUCCAGUCACUGGUUUGGUUCGACGUAUAAGAGAAGUAGCAAUUCGUAGAAACGGCCGAGUUGUGUUUUUGGGAAAAGCCGGUGAUAUGCAGCAACCAAGUUCUGCUGAGCUUAGAGGCGUUGGCUAUUACUGAUUUUUAACAUACAAAAUUGUCAUAAAGGUACACAAUUUGCUUUUGUAGUUUCACUUCUGUUAUCUCUUCUUGUGUAACUUGAAGGUUUGGUUUAGUGUUCUUCAAUUGGCGUUGGCCCUUUACAUUGUUU